AUGAAGUACACCAUCAUCACCGCCUUUCUUGCUGCCUUCGCGGCCGCCAAGACCGUCGACGAGCUCGUUGCAGACAUUCCUACCUGCGCCGUCACAUGUAUCCGUGACGCUGCCACGUCCGUCAACUGCGAUAUCUCAGACUUUGCCUGCUCCUGCGCCAAGCAGGACCAGCUGACGCCCGUCGUCGUCAACUGCCUGUCCAAGUCAAGCUGCAGUGCGGAUGAUCAGACCAAGGUCCUUUUGACGGCCCAGCAGAUCUGCUCUCAGGUCUCCUCGGGCGUCUCGGCAACUGGCUCCGUCGCCGCUCUUACCUCCGGAGCCUCCUCCACCGGUUCCGGCGGCGCAACCUCCACCGGGGCCGCGGCCGCGAGCACUUCGUCCCCUGCCGCCGCACCCACCAUGCAUGUCGCUGGCUGGGCCGGAGCUCUCGCUGCCGCCGCCGCUCUGGCCCUUUGA